AUGAAUGAAGGAUUGAAGAAAUUUGAGUGUGGAGCGGUGGAAAUCAAGAACAAAAUCAUCGCCGUCAUCAUCACCACCAGCGCCGAGGAGGCCCGAAAAGACAACAAAGUGCGUUUUUUAGGUAUCAAACCGAAGAAAAUUCGGAAAAAAUCAAAUUUUUCGACAAAAUUUUGACUUGAAAUUGUAAAAUACGCUUUCCUCAAAGUAUGUUGCAUAUUUUCAGUACUCGUUUGACCUGAAUUGGUGGCAGGAAACACCGGAUAACCUCGAUGUUUGCAAAGGAAAUGAGACGGACCUGGGUGGAGAAAUUAUCCCUGCCAAAUACUCAUCCACAUACUGCCCACACGACCUCUCGAAAUGCGAGAAACGCGAAAAGAAUGAGAGCUAUUACAUCCAAGGACAGGUAAGAGAUGAAUUUGAUGAAAAUGGGGUCUAGUAUGAUAUAUUGUUUGCUUGUUUUGAUGGAGAUUUUGGUUUUUAUAGAAAGUAGGAGGGCUGAUUUGAUAUUCUAGAGAAAAAAUUUUGGGUUUGAGAUUGAAAAACAUGUAAUUUUGAUCAAUUUUUGUCUAGUGUAAUAUAAUUUUUGUCAAAUUUGAAGGAGAUUUUGAUUGUUAUGGAAAGUAUGAUAGCUGUUUUGAUAACCUAGAGAAAAAAAUGUGAAUUUGAGAUUGGGAAAACGUGCAAUUUUGAAGAGUUUUUGUCUAGGGUAAUAUAAUUUUUGUCAAAUUUGAUGGAAAUUUGGGUUGGAAGAGAAAGUUUGAGGGCUGAUUUGAUAACCGAGAGAGAAAGCCGUGGGUUGGAAGUCAAAAAUCUCGUAUUUUUGUGCGGUUUUUAUCUAGUGUAAUAUAAAUUUUGUCAAAUUUGAUGUAAAUUUUGUUUGAAUUUGGUAUAAUGGUCCCGCAUUCGAGCUUAGAUUGGAAAAUUUGUCAGUUGAAACUUGAAAAAAAGGGAAUCUUGCUAUUUUUGCCUGGUGUAAUAUCCAAAAUUUGAAGAAUGCGAUUAUUUAAGUGUUUAUUUGUAUGCAGAGUGUAUAUUUUUGAUGGAACGGUUUUUUUAAGAGAUUUUUUAAAUGUAGGCCAAAUUUAUUCGGUCGUAUUUUACCCAAAAAUUACCUAAAAAUCGUUUCAGGUUCGAGCCAUCAAGGAAGCGGGCGCCGCCGCCGCCCUUUUCAUCCUCGAGCUAGAGGCCUCGAGAAAGGGACUCCGAGCGAUUUCCACGGCAAAAACUCCUGCUUGCACUGGCGGUGGGCUGCAUUUUGUUGGGAUGCGUUUGGUUGGUCGAGAAGGGCAAAGUAAUGUAAAUUUUGGGAAAGUUUUGGGGUAA